AUGGGAAACGGAGCUAAAGCUCAACAAAAGCGUGAGCGCAAUGCCGAUAAGAAUGCCCCCAAGGGCUCGAAAAGUCAGGCCAAAAUCAACGAGGCCGCUAAAAGCAUCAUCUGUGGAGUCUGCAGGCAGAAUUUUUUGAUUACAACUCGCGCACCUGCGCUCGAGGAACACUCUGCUAACAAGCACUCAAAGACAAUGGCAGAGUGCUUCCCUAAUUUCGGAAAGUAA